ACUUCCUCUCCACGUGAAAGGCUCCUUAUGGUCCAUGUGAGGAGCAUCCCGUCCAAACUGUAUUUCUUCACGUUUUAAUACGGAUAAUUCCCACAUACCAGUUUCAUGGUUAUCGACUGCAGGACAAUGGAGUCCGCAGAGGAGGAGGCACUGCUCGUUCAGGAUUCAGAGGAGGAAAACAGUGAGUUAUCGGACGAUGAGCUCCAAGAAGCCUUCGCGAAGGGGUUGUUGAAACCUGGAAUGAACCUUCUCGUGGAUAAACCCAAAAAGUUCGCCAAUAAUGUGGAGGGGUUGAAACAGUGUCUUGCUGACUUUCGUAAAGAUCUUCCCUGGGUGGAGAGAUUGAGCCUGACCAACCUGCCAGCUGCAGAUGUCCUCCCUCAAGUUGAAGGGACAACUUCAGCUCUGGCCGGUGGGGAAGUGGAUGCUGAUGAUGAUUUCCAGAGAGAGAUGUGCUUUUACCGUCAAGCUCAGGCUACAGUCCUCGAGGCGCUGCCACUCCUAAGCAAGCACGGUAUAGCCACUAAGAGGCCCGAUGACUACUUUGCCGAGAUGGCCAAAUCUGAUCAGCACAUGCAGAAGAUCAGGAAAAAGUUGAUCUCAAAGCAGAUGAUUCUGGAGAGGUCAGAGAAGGCCAAAAAACUGCGUGAGCAACGGAAGUUUGGCAAAAAGGUCCAAAUAGAAGUGAUCCAGAAGAGACAGAAGGAGAAGAAGGCCAUGAUGUCUGCUGUAAAGAAAUACCAGAAAGGAAUGACUGAUAAACUGGAAUUCUUGGAAGGAGACCAGAAGAUGAAUAAUCAAUCCUCUCAGGGUUCAAAGAAAGCAGUGAACAAAAAGGGUCCCAAUAAUAAGAGAAAAUUCAAGGAGCAGAAGUUUGGCUUUGGAGGCAAAAAGAGUGGAAAGAAGUGGAACACCAAGGAAAGCUACAACGAUGUGUCCAGUUUCCGUGCCAGAAUAGCUCAUGGCAAGGGAGGGAAGAAAGGGAAAGGAGGAAAACAAAAUAAACGUCCAGGCAAGUCUGUGCGCAAGAAGAUGAAGGGUCGAUCGUAGAGAUGAACAGGCGGGUCAGCAGACUGGACUUUGGACUCUGCUUUUUGGCAGGAUUUGCCUUAGGGGACUAUGAGCUCUUCCACACUUUUUGGUACUAUAUGCCUUCCAUAGAUGCAUUUGGAUUGAUAUGGAGGAGCAUUAUAAGUGCCGUUUAAGGCCUUUCUGACUGCUGAGGAAGCCAUUUGUAGGACCUGAAAGGCCCCCCCCCCCAAAAAAGGACUGCUCCAAAAUAGUUUUACAAGCUGUUUUCCUAAGUUUGAGAAAGACAGUGUUAAUUGCUACACUGGUAUUCGUAUCUGUGGCUGCAGUUGUCCCUAUAGUUUUUUACAAGGUGGUUUUAUGAUUACACCUCAGUAUCUGUACCUUCUACUGACAGUGUGCUCUUCUGAGGUUGGCGUGUUCUGUUUUACUUUUCAAACUCAGCUCCUUGACUCAUUGAUUCUCUCCCUUGUGACAUGACAUUUUAGAAUAUUGAGCAGCUGUCAGUUUUGCCCUUUCCCAUUCAUUCAUAUGAUUAGUAUGUGAUGGGCUUGUGUGCUUUGUACAGACCUGUGCAAAUGUUUCCAAUGCAAGUGUUUUUCUAAGACAGGUCAGCUUCUGUGCUGACACCCGAAUGAUGGAAAAAAUACAUUUCAGUAAGUGUUCAA